UUAUCGCAACCAUGAUCGCAAUAUCGCAACAGUAAAAAGCUUUACAUUGUAUCCAUUUGAUGUCGUACACGUCAGUGAUAGACAGCAGCGUUAGCUAGCGCGUUUACGUACGAGCGUAGUGAUUGAUUGCCACAGAGGUAUCGAAAGUAAUUUGCAAUUAUUUACAAUUAAAUAUAACGUUAUCAGUGCGUUUGUUUAUCUUCUUCCGACGCAUCUUGCAUUUGUGCCUGUCAAUUGCUUCCUAUAGCAUAAAAAUUAAUCGACGAAGUGACAACGGCUCUACGUACGUGUCAAUUGUCAUUGUUUUGUUAUCGUGCCAAACGAAGGGGGGAAAUUUUAGAGCGAUAUAAACGUCAUAUCGAUAGCUUCCACGACUUUAUUGAGUGACGAGACUGACGAGCCGAUUUAUUUUCUUACACAAGUGAAGCGGAGAAGCCAAAAUGGCAGACGACAAAAACGACGACACGCCGGGGCGGGAAAGUAUUCCGGAUUCCGAAAUGGAAACCGAACGUAUUCCGGAUUCCGAAAGUAAAAUGGAUCCGGCGGAGGAGAGAUCGCGAUAUUUCAAAAAGUUGGAAGAAUGGUACCAGGAGGCAUACGCUUGGCAAAGUUUUGCAGCGUGGUUCCCGCAUUACGUGAUGUCAGGGCAACCCAUCGUUAAUCCGAAUCCGACACUUGCAUCGUCUAAUACACAAGGGGUGAUAAAUGUAGACAGACAAAAUGAGACAGCGAGGCAAAGGAGGCCUCAGGAACAAUCCGCGGGACCCUUCCAACCUCCAGGAACUGAUGGUUACGAGUAUCGAAUUCCUCCGAUUUGGAAGAGGUUCGCAGCGGAAUUUAUAGAUUCAACAAUGCUAUUUCUCUUGAAGUUUUCCAUCACCUUCAUCGCAAUCGACGUCUUCGACUUUAUAGACAUCGAGGAUUUAGAUUUGUUGCAAACAAAUUUACGUAUUGAUUAUAAAAUGGCUCUGGAGAUGACUUAUGGAAUUCUGAUUCUGGAAGUAAUUCAUCGCGUGAUAGUUUGUAUCUUUGAGGCCUUCUGGCUUCAACAUGGAGUGUACGGUCUUAUUGGCGGUGCUACUCCUGGCAAGUACAUGAUGGGUUUACGGGUGGUUCAGUGCCGAAGCAUAACUCCCGUUGAACGUCCGAAUGAGCCAGAUUUAGUCUUGGUGAGCCCCGGAACCGAUCUGGGCCUGCCGUUAGCAUUGGGCCGGUCACUGGUGAAGAAUUUCGUGCUGGCGUUCGUAUUCCCGAUUUGUUUCUCCCUGUUCUUCUUUCGGUUCAACCGAACUGGCUACGAUUUGAUCUGUCACUCCAUCGUCAUAGAGGAUCCCUACAGAAAUAAUAACCGGCCACACCAGGAGUAGUCCGUCUGAGGGACGAUUGCAUGGAAUUCUCUCUGUGAUGUGUACAUAUGUAGUAUGUGCUUCUUGUACCAAAUGCAUGCGGGUUCAUGUGUAUGGCGUACGUGUAUAUACGUGUAAAAUAAAUAAAGAUUAUUAUUGCGGCUAGAAGCCGUUUCAGAAAUUUUCUUAUCCAGAGA